CUCCACCAGCCCUUCACGCCCGACUCUUCUCCACUGUCGCUCUCGCCUGGCUGCUGCGCCACUCCUCCGCCAAGCGCCCCUCACUCACGCACGCAGCGUCUCGCGCCCGUCCGCCCGCGCGCCUCUUGCCCGGCUUGCCGCCGCAGCACGCGCGCAGCAUGGCCGACGCCCCGCGCUGCCCACUCGGCUUCACGGGCACGCCGCCCGUCGGGCACCCGACCAUUGCCGGCAUGUUUGGCAGCUCGGACAGCAAGACGGCCACUCGCAGCGCCGAUGCGGCGCCCGGGGCCGCAGCACCGUCGCCGCAGGCACAGACACAGGUGCCCGCCGCGGCCGCGCCGCGCUGGAGCCCCUACACGCUCCUCACGCUCGACGCCCUCUUCCUCGUGGCGUGCGGCGCGCUGGCGUGGUACUGGCCGCAGGUCAAGUCCAGCAGCCUCAACUGGAGCGCGGCGGGUGGGCAGCACGGCCUGGCUGGCUGGUGGUAGCGCGCGAGCAGGGGCGAGAGGACGGCGGUCAGACGACGCAGCGCUGGUGGCGCGCCGCACGACGCUUCGAGGGGAGGGCACCGGCGACUCGGAGGAGCGCGGCUUGGGGACGCUCAGGCGCGGAGGAAACACAUUUGUACAACAGCUUUCGCGCGUUAAUCGGAUCACAUUGUAUCAG